ACCCCACAUUUCCUUCUCCCCUUUACUAUAUAUACACACAUCAAAUUCAACAUAUCAUUAACAUUCAUUAAUCAACCUUCUUUCUCAAUUUCUCCUCACUUUCUAAGCUCCAUUUUGAACCAAGAAGUUACUUUAAUUACUACAUCGGACGUGAAUGUCUCCGGCAAUGGCAAUGAAUGAUGAAAGAAUUGAUGAUAGUCAUGCAAUAGAAAAUGAAUAUCAUAAAGGAGUGAAGCAUUUGUAUGAGAAAGGCUUUCUUCACAAGGUACCAAAGAAGUAUAUAUUUCCUGCUACUGAAAGACCAACAAGUAUUGAUGAUUCAAAUGUUGCUAAGGAAAAACUUCAGCUACCAAUUAUUGAUUUUGCUGAUCUUAUUGGUCCAAAUAGACCACAAGCUCUUCAGUCACUAGCCAAUGCUUGUGAGAAAUAUGGCUUUUUCCAGCUAGUAAACCACAACAUAUCAGAAGAUGUUACAAGGUGCAUGGUAGAUGUUGUAGGAAGGUUCUUUGAUCUUCCAUUAGAGGAAAGAGCUAAGUACAUGACAAGUGAUAUGAGAGCACCUGUAAGAUAUGGGACCAGUUUCAGUCAAACAAAAGACUCUGUGUUUUGUUGGAGAGAUUUCUUGAAACUCAUUUGUCAACCUGAUUACAUUCCUCAUUGGCCUGCUUCACCAUUGGACUUUCAGGAAGUGGUAGCCACCUAUACACAAGAAACCAAACAUUUGUUCUUGGCAAUAAUGGAAGCCAUUCUAGAAAGUUUAGGAAUUAUGGAAGACAACCAAGAAGAAGAGGCCAAAGAAAAUGACAACAAUAAUAAUAAUAUUAUGAAAGAAUUGGACAAUGGUAGCCAAAUGUUAGUAACAAAUUUCUACCCACCAUGUCCUGAACCAGACCUAACCUUAGGAAUGCACCCUCAUUCCGAUUAUGGUUUCCUCACACUUCUCCUUCAAGAUGAAGUUGAAGGUUUGCAAAUCCAAUUUCAAGAUAAAUGGCUCACUGUUCAACCUAUUCCCAAUGCUUUUGUUGUCAAUAUUGGUGAUCAUUUAGAGAUAUUUAGCAACGGAAAAUACAAGAGUGUGUUACACAGAGUUAUGGUGAAUGAAGCUAAGAGUAGAGUAUCGGUUGCUUCGCUACAUAGUCUUCCCUUUGAAUGCACUGUGAGACCGUCACCAAAACUCAUCGACGAAGAGAAUCCAAAGCGUUACAUGGACACAGAUUUUGGUAGCUUUUUAGCAUAUGUGUCUACUAGAGAAACUAAGAAAAAGGAUUUCUUAGAGUCCAGAAAAUUGACAUAAACAUAAUUAGUACUCAAAUUAAUUAGUAGUAGUAAAGGGACAAGAGGUAUAGAUGAUUAGAAAGUGUAAUUUUGUGGAUGGAUGAGGAAAUUGUAUAUUUAGUUUAAGUUUAUUGGAUAUACUUAGCUUAUUUUCUUUCUAUUUUGUAUGAUCAAUUAUUUCUGGCAAGCUUUUAUAAGUGAGAUGACUCGUAAACUUAAUGUCUUAAAAUUUUGGAUAAAAAUAUGAUGUUCAAUUUACUUGUAUAACUGUUCUUAAAUCUAAUGUAAAUGUAUAUGAUUUAUGCUUAA